CAACGGACAGUCGUUGCCAAAAGCGGUUGAUGGGGGCGGGGCGGAGUGGCGGUGUAGGGCUGAAGGGAGCUGAACCGAACCGAGCCCAGGAGGGAGCGGGUGGGCGGAGGAGGCAACGAGGGGCGAGUGCGCUGCAGGGUCGGCCCGCUAGAUCGAGCGUCUAGCUGGAAAUAGUCCCACAUUCCCUUCGUUACCCGUGCUUGUGAAGAAACAAGGGAGGGAUGGAUUCUUCCAAUGAAGGACUGCUGCAAAGUGAUCCAGCACCUGAAAUGGGGGAAGAUGCAGCAGCAACUGCUGACUUGCGCGGUGGAUUGACCGAUGAAGAGAGAGAAGGACUGACCAAUGAACUUGCUAAGGUGGAGGAAGAAAUCCAAACACUUUCUCAAGUCCUUGCAGCUAAGGAGAAGCAUGUUGCUGAGUUAAAGAAGAAGCUAGGAUUGACUCCACUACAUGAACUUAAACAGAAUUUGUCAAAAAGUUGGUUAGAUGUACAAUCCUCCAUGGCAUUCAAGAAGACAUCUGAAACCCUUGCUCAAGCUAGUCAGAAAGCAUCUUCUGCAUUUACUAAUUUUGGUUCUGCCAUUACCAGAAAGUUUGAAGAUGUUAGAUUACAUGCUAUUUCACAUUCUUUUAGCAUUCACUCCCUACGACACUCAAUUAGCAUGCCUGCUAUGAGAAAUUCACCGACCUUCAAAUCCUUUGAAGAUAGAGUCGAAAACUUAAAGUCUAAGGUUGCAGGCAACAAGGAAGGUGGUGGUGACUUUGGGAAUAUUCUAAACUCUGCAGCAAAUGCAAGUGCCACAGAGCCCAUCACAGAAGAGGCGUCUGAUGUUCAAGAACCUCGUUAAUGCAGCUUUAAGUCCAACUCUCCUUUUUUACUAGUUGCAAAUAAUGACAUUCUUCCAUCCAGUUGUGCCCUUGUCUCAUAAUAUUGCAUUUUGUAUUUAAUGGUUCACAAGGUCUGUGUGGCCCAAGGUUACUACACUUUAAAAUUGCCCCAGUUGCAAAAAUUCUUUUGUUUUAGAUGGAAUACUUUUUGAUAGAAAUAUUCUUAAGACUUGAAUGGUGAUUCAUUCCAAAGCCAUGUCUCACUUAAUACCACAAGGAAACCAUCUUGAUGUAUGGAAUAUUAAAUUGCAAUUGUUUUUCUGGGUGGGGGACUAUUUUGAAAUCUUCAGUACGAAUUGAUAACCAAACCCAUAUUAUGGCUCAGCUUAAACAUGAUGGUGUGUGUUUUAAUAUUAACUGUCUAUUAAAGACAUUUGGAAGAUCUUUCUUGCUUCUGGAAGGUCUUAUUUGUUCCAUUUCAAUAUUGUAAAACAUUUGUAGGAAAAUACCAAAAAUUAGAAGUCAAUUGUGUCACUCUUCGGACAUGGAAUUCUGCAAAUCUUCUGGCUAUUUUUAAAAUCCUGUGCAGCUGGUUUCAUGUUUAAUACAUGGCAAAGUAUUUUCUUGUAGAAGGAAGGUGUUUAGUAAAUGUACGUUUCUCAGUUUAGUGCAUGUUGACAGUUGAGAUUCAGUUUUGGGUCUGAAUGUUAAAGACCAAAUGAAUGAAUGGCAUUGAUUUAAAGAUGUCAUGUUACUGCAUAUUUGAAAAUACUUGAGGUUAAAAGUUCAGUGUUAUAAAUUGUAAAAUGGUAAUUUUUUUGUUCAAGCUAGGUAAAAUACUGUACAGUCACAAAUAUCUUGGUGUGCUCUGUAACGAAGCAACACUUAAUAAAGAUUAGUAAAAGU